AUGGCUUCUUCUCAAAACAGUGACCUCAAGUUCCCAUUUUUUCCUCUACCACCACCCACCAACAAUCCUCCAUUUCCAUUCCCAACUCCACCACACCACUCCUUCAAUCCACCGCCCCGUCCCUCAAUCCCGCCGCCAUCUCCGAUUGUGAAGCCGCCACCUCAUCCCCAUCCACUUCCUCCGCCUUCACCACCUCAUUUGAGUCCCCCUCCAACACCAAUGCCGCCACGUCCCUCAAUCGCCCCACCUCAUCCUAUUUCUCCACCACCAAAGCCACCACGUCCCCCAAUCGCCCCACCUCAACCUAUUUCUCCACCACCACCUCCUCAUGUUGUUCCGCCGCCAUCGCCAACUCCAGGCCACUAUUCGACUGUAAUAGUCGUUGUUUUCGUUUCGCUCGGCGGGCUAUUCUUCCUCGCAUUCCUCUCGGUUGCUCUCUGUUGUUUCAUCAAGAAGAAGAAAAGAGUGGAUGAGAAAGCUGAGAUCAUAAACUUUGAUGAACACAAGAAAGUCCAAGAAGCCAUAGUUCCCGGGCCAAAUGGCGAACAAGUGAAGAUACUAACCAUUGAAGAAGAUGUUCAUAUUGAUGAAGAAAUCAAGAAAGCUGAAAAGGUAAUGGGAGGAAGUUCACAUGUUAAAUCUGCACAUCAUCAUCAACCGCAACCGCAAGCUCAAGCUAUUGAAGUGGCAGAGUCAUCUGGAUCUACUCAAUCAAAACAUCUGAUUUAA